GAUAUAAAAGGAAUAGGAGGACCUUUUCAUUUCACAUAAUCACAGAGUUUGUGUUUACAGUGACAGGCAGGUACAUGACAGAGGGGGACCCGAAGAUCUAAAGUUCACACCUACAGCUGACAUACGAGCUACAGAAUUUUUCAGGCAAAAUGUGGCGUGCCGCCUUCCUCUUGUUGGCUGCCAGCUUGUCAGUGAGCCUGGCCAGACCCCGCCUCCAACCACUAUCCAGUGAGAUGGUCAACUACAUCAAUAAGCUCAACACUACCUGGAAGGCUGGUCACAACUUCCAAAAUGUCGACUACAGUUAUGUCAAGAGACUCUGCGGUACGAUGCUGAAGGGACCUAAACUGCCAGUCACGGUUCAGUAUGCUGGAGACCUGAAGCUGCCUAAGAGCUUUGACUCCAGAGAGCAGUGGCCCAACUGUCCCACUCUGAAGGAGAUCAGAGACCAAGGCUCCUGUGGAUCCUGCUGGGCAUUUGGCGCUGCAGAGGCCAUCUCUGACCGUGUGUGUAUCCACAGCAACGCCAAGGUUAGCGUGGAGAUCUCCUCAGAGGAUCUGCUGACCUGCUGCGAGAGCUGUGGCAUGGGAUGUAAUGGUGGUUACCCUUCAGCUGCCUGGGACUUCUGGACCAAAGCAGGGCUAGUCUCUGGAGGUCUCUAUGACUCCCACAUUGGUUGUCGGCCAUACACCAUCCCCCCCUGUGAACACCAUGUGAAUGGCAGCAGACCCUCCUGCUCUGGGGAGGGUGGAGAUACACCACAGUGCAUCCAGAAGUGUGAAUCUGGAUACACACCCGGCUACAAAAUGGACAAGCACUUUGGUAAAACUUCUUACAGUGUGCUGUCAGAUGAGGAGCAGAUUCAGAGUGAGAUAUACAAGAAUGGCCCAGUAGAGGGAGCGUUCACUGUCUAUGAAGACUUUGUGCAGUACAAGUCCGGUGUUUAUCAGCAUGUGUCUGGGUCUGCUGUUGGCGGCCACGCAAUCAAGAUCCUGGGCUGGGGAGAGGAGGAUGGUGUUCCCUACUGGCUCUGUGCCAACUCCUGGAACACUGACUGGGGUGAAAAUGGAUUCUUCAAGUUCCUGCGUGGAUCAGAUCACUGCGGUAUUGAGUCUGAGAUUGUGGCAGGGAUUCCCAAAUAAAUUCCAUGGUUUUGAGCCGAGGUGCCCGUUACAUAUUCAAUAGAGGACGAAACACUCAAAGGGCCUGCUCUAGAGAGAACUCGUUUAACAGCUUUUAGACCUUUUAGUUAAGGCCCGCUGAUCACCUUGCACACAUGGCAUGUGGUUGUUUUUUUCAAAGCAGACCGGAGAAGAAAAAAAAAACUAAUUUAGGUGGUUUAGCAGAUGAAUCACUGAUUUUGAAUUCAGUAUUUUUUGGGACUGAACUAUUGUAAGGUCUUUUUCCUUCACCCCUUUAAGGCAAGGUCAGUCAAAAAAUUUGCACAGGAGGAAAUCCUUUUUUUUGAGAGACACAUGAGCAUUUAAUUUGAUCUCCGGUGAUUCGAAGCGGACUGUCACUGUUGUAGAAUUUUAAAUUCUUUUAAUGAUAUUCUGCAUUUGGAAAGUCUGGAGCAAAGACCGCCCAAUGCAGCAGAAGUCAGUUUGUUUUGAAUGUUUUUAAUUGUUACAACUUUGACAUUUGAUAUUUUUAUUCAACAUUACUUCUCUGUGCCACAAAUGCCACUCCAUAAUGUUUGGGACUUAAUGUGAUUAGUGCCUGUUAAUUUUGUUUUUAUUUUUAGUAUCAAAUGAGAAAUGGUAUAUGGGUGUUGUUGUGCGCUUUGUGUUGAUCAAAAAUAUUGGCACAUGAACUGUUAUGUUCAGAAUUAAAUAAACAUGACUUGGUUCCC